AUGGCUGAUGAGCUGUUUGAAUGUGACUUACACCAAGAGGAGUAUCUGUGCCUUGAAGGGGGCCAACAGUGGACGUUACCUGCACUUAUAGACAUCCCAGCUGGCAUAACGUCACAGAAGUAUCCUGGUUCAACAAAUGGGAGUCUGGAGUACUGCAGAUCUAAGCCAGGACCCAGAGUAUGCAGGUCGUGUGAAGUACCAUCCAACUACAGACAAAGACUCCACCCUGAGAAUCACAGACCUGAGAGAGAGAGUGACUCUGCUGAAUACAAGUUUAGAUUUACAACAACUGAGGUAAAAUGGGGAUACAGCUUCCCUGGAAUAACUCUGAAUGUCACAGACUUGCAGGUGAAGGAGACUCCUGCCACAGAGGAAGGGAAGGUGACACUGACCUGUAGCACCACCUGUACGCUAACUGACAACUCCAACCCCUCCUAUAUCUGGUACAAGAACAGACAACGUCUCACCAACACAAACACCCAAGAUAACUACCUCUCCCUAGACCCAGUCAGCAGUGAGGAUACAGGCAGAUACUCCUGUACUGUAGAAGGCUACAAUAAUCUCCACUCUCCUGUAUUGUCUGUGGGGGAACAAUCGUCUUUGAAGGAAGCAGCUGUAGGAAUCAUAGUGGUUGUUCUGAUUCUCAUCCUCUGUCUCUCUGGCUUCAUGUGGUUCAGGAAGAAGGCCUCCAAAUCCACGUUUGACACACAAGACAGGAGAGACACAGUAGAGAAUGGACAGAGAGAUUAUAAUCCAGUGAAUGACAACGUCUCAGGCAUGGCCAUGGCCCCUACUGCAGCACAGAGACCGAUCACAGAUGAUCAGGAUGAUGUUACCCACGCCAGCAUCCAACACAGAAACCAGGAAGUGCCUCUGUACUCCACCGUCCCACCCCCAGAAACAGGACCAGGAUUUCCAAUACGCUACUGUGAAAUUCAACAGCCCCAGUGCUGCUCAAUAGACAUUGGGUUGGAUUUAAUCCAAUUAUGGGUUAUAGGCAUUGCAGCUUUUAAUAAACAGGAAGAGAAUUUCCAGUACGCUGCUGUGGAAUUCAACCUCCCCAGUGCUGCUCCAUAG